UUUGGAGAAAUGACAUCAUAGUGAUCAAUAUCUUACUGUGUUGUAUAAACGUAUGGUAUUUCGUAAACAGUGAUUAAACAUUUUAAAUAUAAAUUAACGUCAGAACUGGGAAGAGAGAAAAUUUAACAUUUUGGACCGAAAUGGGAGCUGUUUUAGGAGUUUGUACAGCUGGCCAAUUGGCAUGUUGCUGUGGAAGUGCAGCCUGUAGUCUCUGUUGUUCAGCAUGUCCAUCAUGCAAAAACUCUACAUCUUCAAGAAUUAUGUAUGCUAUAAUGCUACUACUUACAACUAUUGUAGCGUGUGUGAUGCUGACCCCAUCAGUGAAAGAUGGCUUACAUAAAGUACCUUUUUGUAGUGACAACCCUGUUUACCAACUUUCAUGUCAGAAUGCUGUUGGAUAUCUAGCAGUGUAUCGGAUCUGCUUUGCCAUGACUCUUUUCUUCAUCCUCUUUUCUGUAAUAAUGAUUGGGGUUAAGUCAUCAAAGGAUCCACGGUCUGGUAUACAAAAUGGGUUUUGGGCUCUAAAGUACUUGAUCCUUAUUGGUGGUAUUGUUGGUGCUUUCUUUAUCCCAGAAGCAAAUACAUUUGGCAGAGUCUGGAUGUACUUUGGUUUGGUUGGAGGAUUUCUCUUCAUAUUAAUUCAGUUGGUGUUGAUCAUCGAUUUUGCUCACUCCUGGGCUGAGAGCUGGGUAGGGAAAUACGAAGAAACAGAAUCAAAGGGAUGGUAUGGAGCACUGCUGUUUUUUACUCUUAUUCACUACAGUAUUGUCAUUGCUGCUGUUGUGCUGUUUUACAUCUAUUACAUCCAAUCUGAAGGUUGUGGACUUCACAAGUUCUUCAUAAGUUUCAACUUUAUACUGUGUUUCGUGUUGUCGGUCUUAUCCAUCUUACCUAAAGUGCAGAAAUACCAACCUAAGGCUGGACUUCUCCAAGCUUCCAUUGUCUCCCUGUACACAAUGUACCUGACUUGGGCAUCACUGAACAAUUCUACAGCAAAAGAGUGUAAACCACUUGUGUUCCAGUCUAACAGCAAAAGCCACUUUGAUACCGAGAGCAUUGUUGGUCUGAUCAUCUGGUUCGCAUGUGUUCUGUACUCCAGUAUCAGAACCUCUUCUAACAGCCAAGUGAGCAAGCUGACAAUGUCCGAGAAGAUUUUAGUGAAAGAAAAUGGUGCUGCCAAAGGAGCAUCACGAUUGGUUGAUGAUGAAGUGGAGUCUGGAGGCAGUGACAAUGAUAAAGUUUGGGACAAUGAAGAAGACUGUGUAUCGUACAGCUGGUCUUUCUUUCAUUUGAUGUUUGCUCUCGCUUCUCUGUAUGUAAUGAUGACUCUCACAAAUUGGUAUCGUCCUGACACGACCAGUGAGAAUCUGAUGGAAAAUGAAGCCUCCAUGUGGGUGAAAAUCAUCUCUUGCUGGCUAUGUAUCUUAUUGUACGCUUGGAGCCUCAUUGCACCCAUGCUCUUUCCAAAUCGAGACUUCAGUUAAAAGACCACACGUGUCAUUGUUUUUGUAGUGUUUUGAAGGCUCUGUACAGUUUUUGCAUCAAUAAUUAAGAAAAUAUGUAGUUCGACAGUCAGUUAGAAAUUUGUAUUACUAGUAACCUUGAAUGAUGUAAAGCAUAGAGAACAAUUAAGUUGCUGGCAUGUGGUUCCUGUAUGGUAAUUUUAAUGUUAUAACUAUUACUAUGUAAGAUGUCUUUGUUAUGGUAAAACAGUAUCUCGGAGUAGAUUUUGAAAAUUUUUUUCAAGAAUUUAAAUUUUUGCCAUUUUUUUUAUGUGAUAAAAGUGAUGAUAGGAAAACUGUUUCUUGCUCUUAUUUUAUUAAUUUCUUCAAUCUCUCUGUAGAGGGAGCUUUGAUCUUUACAUUGAAGUAUGGUAGUAGAGGCUGAGGGUUCUAGUUAUUAGUUUGAAUGUCUUGUUCUUUCUCUAGUUUAAUCCGUUGUUCAGUGAAACAACUAUUGUAUCCCAUACGUUUGUCAUAUCUUAAUAGCAUUAUUAUAAUUCCAAAAAAUUUGACAAAUUGGUAGUGGUAACAAAAUUUUGAUUUUCAUGUACUUGAUGUGGUAUGAAUUGAUACAAAAAUCUGGCUUUUGUCAUAUGUAUUGUUGUACCCAUAGCUUGGAAUGCAAAUAUAAUCUUUGUGAGUAUAUAUACGAGAAUGUAAUUUUACCUGCUGUAAUCAUAAUUUAAAUACAGCCAUUGUAACCAUAGUUGGUAGGUUAAAUGCUACCGUAUGUCAUUGAAACUUUUACUUCAGUGUUUCAGUAGGAUUGUUGUAUCAUUUUGGUAAUGUAAAUGUACAAGUAAGUUUGGUAUAUUUCUUUCUUGGAUAUAAUAUAAUUCAAAGCUUCCUUCCAAAUUGUACUUUCAUAAGUUUGCUGUAAUUAAACUGUAAAAGAAAACCAAAUGUUUUAAUUUUUUUUGUUUGUCUCCUACUGGUUGUGUCACAAGAUAGUUUAAGUAUGAAACAUUAUUUAUGUAUUUUGUUCAAGCUACAUUGCAAUACUACAGUACAUAAAAAAAAAAGAUAAAGUGGUAUUCAUUUGAUACGGUUUAGGAAACUAAAGUGAAUAACACCUAUCAAAAUGAUUGGAAAUAUUAAACUCUUUACCUCGGGAAAUGUGUAUAUCUACAGCAUAGAAAACAUUACAACAAAGUCUGGUGGACUCGGUUAAAAAAGUGAGUUGAUUAAACAUUGAAGAAAUAAAAAAAAAUCUCCUUGAAAGUAUACGUGUAUUAAUAGAUUUGAAUUCCCACACAUUAGAAAAAGUAAUGCUAACCAAAGUUGUUUCCAUGUAGCGUGAUUUAUUACCAUAUUAUUUUGAUUUUUCUAGGUUAGUGUGUGUAUUUCAUUUUUAUGAAGAUAGGUUGUCAUUUCAAAUGCUUCCCAAGUUUCUGUAUUACUUUGCACGAAAUGCAAAAUUAUUCUCUGUCAAACAGAAUAAAAGUUGAUGUACCGGAGAA